GUUUAGGGUAGUGUUUUUUUUUUUAAUGAACGCACAUUUCUGUAAACAGUACAUCAGUGGCAUAUCCAGAAAUUGACUCCCAUAGCCCCGAAUGAUGUAAGCUUAUUAAAAUGGGAGGGGGUUAUCCUGUCCGAUGUCCGUGUACUGCAAUGUGAUUGGUCAAAAGUUUUAAAACUACGCUGGGAUCUGCAUAGUUUCGAAAUGUGAUUGGUCAUUGUACCACGCGGAUACCUCGAUAGUGCGUUGACCCCAUAGAGUCACACACCACGUCUAAAAUGGCGACCCCCUCAAGUGACAAAUCACCGUUGUUGGUAAAUAUUGAAGAGGAUUCUGUGGAAGUUCUAAGUCCCAACGCACAAGCAAGACAUUCUUCGGCUAGAUCAGAUGUUUCUGAAGGAAGGAAAGACACAGAGAAUGACAGAGUACCAGAACCAGACGAUGUUAUCGCGAUUUUCGUCGUGGCUUUCGACACACGGUCAGGUAAUAUAGUAGAAUGGUCACAGCCCGAUGACAUCAACCUCGAUGGAGUGGAGUUCAAAGCCAUGGCUAGCGGGUCACAUACUGUCUUAACAGAUUUUAUCUAUUUCAGGAAAGACAAGUACUAUGGUCUGAGCUGUUUUGAGAACAUGCAUGUUGAGAAUGCAGCUGAGAGGGGGGCGAGGAUGAAAUCUGUUGUUCUCUCCACAUCUUACACCACACUACACAGACACAUGCAAUUCUUAGAACGCCAGGUCAGACAUCUCUUACAUUCCCCUGGAAGGUAUGAGGAUCUCAAAGCGUUCUUCAGCGAUCACAAAGCUUCCUUGCCGCUCUCCAGAGAGGGAUCGUGGGAAGGUAUCGCCUCGGUGCUUCACAAUUCGUCCAGUCCAGUCCACAAUGCAUCACCUGUAACCAGCUCAUUUCAACUCACUCCUCCAAGCUCAGAUGAACACCAUCCACAUAUGAAGAUCACACAUCCGGCAGGAUGCUUCAGUCAGUUUCUUAGUUUCUUUGGAGAGCAGAUCUUCACCUUGUGGAAAUACAUCCUCCUCAGAAAGAGAGUUCUCUUCUUUUCACCGCCUCCCAUAGGUGUUGUUUGUUAUAAAGUAUACUGUGCAAGUCUGAUGAGUCACCACGAUAUCAUCCUCAACUCGGCCAUUGAACAGAAGCCGUAUUUUUACGUCAAUAUAGCCGAUAUUGAUACCUUAGAGUCAGAAAUGUCCUACAUUGCAUGCACAACGGAGAAGAUCUUCCAGGAGAAGGAGAGACUGUACGACGUCUACGUCGACAACCAGAACGUAACGACCCACGUAGCCAACCUGAAGGACCUCCUGAGACCCAACGACACGGACAGGGAGAAGUUCAUGAGGCUCAAUAAUCAGAGGGCUACGGCAGUCUUCAAUGCUAGGGAGCAGGGGGUGGAGCCCAGCUCAGAGGAGGAUGACGAGAUCUUUGCCAACUUCUUCCUGGAACAGAACAACCACAUCUUCCAGACUCUGCAUGAGAUUGCCACCACUGAAGACAAGUCUCUGACCAACGACCACAUGAAGGCCAUGGGACUGGAUCCCGUCGGUGAUCGAGCCUUCAUCGUCGACCUCCUAGAACUCUACGGCAUCGACGUCAUCCUCAUGAUCGAUACCCCAUGCUGCCCUGUCUGAAGGGGUCCUAAACCUAAUGGCUUGUUCACACUUGACAUGGGUGUUCACACUUAACGUGGGUGCUCACACUUAACAUGGGUGUUCACACUUGACAUGGGUGUUCACACUUGACAUGGGUGUUCACACUUGACAUGGGUGUUCACACUUGACAUGGGUGUUCACACUUGACAUGGGUGUUCACACUUGACAUGGGUGUUCACACUUGACGUGGGUAUUCACACUUGACAUGGGUGUUCACACUUGACAUGGGUGUUCACACUUAACGUGGGUGUUCACACUUGAAAUGUGUGUUCACACUUAACAUGGGUGUUCACACUUGACAUGGGAAACCGCAGCAGGGGAACGUUUCACAAACCGUCUUAGGUACAUGUUCACCCACAUCCCAUUGAAACGUGCGUGAUGUAAUUAACACAUGUUUCAACGGGAUGUCAGUGAAUUUGAUCUUUUGAUCGUUUCAUGAAAUGAUGCCCAGGUUUUUGUUUUACCUGUGAAGUGAAUAGCAAUUGGGAAUGAAACAGAGUAGGUAUGCACAACAAAGAGCCUACACAUACUUCCUAGAAGAUAUAUAUUAC